AUGUCGCUGUGUACUGUCGUCGAGCUGGCUCUCCAGUUUGAGAGCUUUCGGAACGUCGACCUGUUCCACCAAGGCCUUUAUCACCUGAAGACCCGCCUCUAUCGAGACGAUGAGGGCCGGGCCUUGGCGUUUCCCUACAGCUACCUCAAGGGCCCAAGCAUGGCCAUGGAGCCGCCCAAGGGAAAGCCUCGGGUGGACCACCACAACUUGAUCCCGGCCCACGUCAACGAAGAAAUGUACACCUUCUCCACGAGGAGCUUCUUGAUCCGCUACUGCGAGGAGGAGGUCGAACUCGGCGACGUGGGCCAGUUCCGGCUCGAGCUUAGCCCUUCCGAGUUGGAGCGGCGAAAUCCUCUUCUCCUGGAGGUGGAGCUGAUGUUUGCGGACCUUACGCAGCAUCCCUCCGAACCGCUGGGCGACCAGCCGGAUGUUGAGUCGGCAGAGUUCCGCUGCGUGUCCACGCAGGUUCUGCGACUGCGGGGAGUGGAGAGAGGUUUGCAUGACUUCUGCCCCGUCGUCUUCGACGAGUGCCACUUCUGCCUGCUGAACCUGGCAGUGCAUUCGGCCGUGGUGGACCUCCGGUUCCGUGUCCGCCCUGCUCUGAGGAAGAUGGCAGCAACCAAGCCCAAGGUGGCCGGCCCUGCCCCCCGAGCCGGAGCAAAGGAGUCGGAGGCGCAGGACCUCUGCUCUCUGCUCUAA